GCCACAUCUUUCCCGUGAAUGAAACCCUGGGCUGAAUUAGAACAAUAGCUCACUGCUUUGGUUCAAUAGGUAUAAUACAAAUUGGAAAAUGGAAAGGUUCUUAUUGUUGCUUUUCUUCUGUGCAUUUUCCUCAUCAGUGAAACACUCCUUGAAGUUUUUCUUCACUCAAACAUCUGGAGUCCAGAGCAUCCCGGAGUUUGUGGUGGUUGGACUUGUUGAUGAAGUCCAGGGAGGUUACUAUGAAAGCAACACAGGAAGACCAGAACCCAAAACAGAAUGGAUGAAAAAACUCAUGAAGGAUGAUCCUCAGCACCUGGAGUGGUACACUACACAAUCUUUGGAUCUCAAACACUUAUUCAAACAUUACAUUGAGGAUUUGAGGAAACGUUUCAACCAAACUAGAGGUAUUCAUAUUUUGCAAAAGUUGGAUGGCUGUGAAUGGGAUGAUGAGACUGGAGAGGUUAAUGGGUUCAAUCAAUAUGGUUAUGAUGGAGACGACUUUCUAACAUUCGACCCGCAGCGACUUAUAUGGAUUGCCCUAAAACCACAGGCUGUCAUCACCAAACUGAGAUGGGAUGGUGAAAAAGAACGACUACAAUACAACAAAAACUUUUAUGUCCAUGAAUGCCCUGAGUUUUUGAAGAAGUAUGUGCAGUAUGGGAAGGAUUUUUUGCAGACACCAGGUUUUCCUUCAGUGUCUCUCCUUCAGAAGACUCCCUCCUCUCCAGUCAGCUGCCACGCUACAGGUUUCUAUCCUGACAGAGCUGAGAUGUUCUGGAGGAAAGAUGGAGAGGAGCUUCAUGAAGGUGUGGAUCCUGGAGAGAUCCUCCCCAACAAUGAUGAUACCUUCCAGUUGAGUGUUGAUCUGAAUGUUUCAUCAGUCACACCUGAAGACUGGCAGAGGUACGACUGUGUGUUUCAGCUCUCUGGUGUGAACGAGUACAUGAUGACCAAACUGGACAAAGCAGCGAUCAGGACCAACAGGGAGAAGCCCGCUGACAUCAGAGCUACAGUGGUUGUUCUAGCUAUCGUCCUCAUUGCAACUGCUGCAGUUGGGGCAGCUGUGGUGUUUGUCACUUACAAAAGAAAGAAAGCUCCUGCCAAUGUCUCUGAAUAGUCUGAGACACUAAAUCCACAAACCCCCCUGUGUGGCUGAUUACCUAUGAAAAGAUGUCUCAAGAGUGAUACAAACAUCUGUGUGGACUUCCAUAAGUUAAUUCUACUUCCAGUGAUUUUGGCUAAAUUUGGAAAAAAUAAAUCAUCAACCCAAAAGAUUAUAUUACUUUGUCCCAGAUUUACAAUAAAACUAUUUUAAGUUAAAAAAAAAAUAUUAUUAUCCUGUCCUGUAUGGCAGCUUUUGUUUUCAGGAUUAUGAUCUGAAUGCAUUAUUGUGCCAAACACAUGUUGCUUUUCCAAGAUCAGCUCUACAAAUUCUCUAUGAGCUCCUCUUGUUGAUGUGUUUCUUUUAUCUGUUUAUUUAUUUCUAUUUGUAUUAUUUCAGUUCUUACAUUAUAUAUAGUAAAGUAUGAUGUAUGUAAAUCUAGAACAUUGUUUUUUUUUUCCUUUAACACUCAGUAUUAUGUUUUAUGUAUUCUCCAACACUUUACAUCAUUUCU